CGCUGACCGACACUCCCGUCGGGCUGUACAGUAACAGUCGCGCCUUCUCGCGUUAGCUUCCAUGGCGACCAGCUAGAAAAGGCUUUCACUCAUCGCGACCAGCCGGUUAGCUCCUGUAAGAGAGCUAACGGGCGUCUUAUGAAAUGGGAUGAUGUAGCGGAAUAAUUCUUUGGACGAACUACGCAAUACCUUAGCAUGCUAAGCUAACGUGAAGCCGCAUACAUUUGCCAGGGAAACUAGCCAGUAAGUGCAGCGAGCUAACGACUCUGAGCUAACGCAGGCUAGCAUUCACCUGCGGGCUGUUCCUGCUAACUAACUGCCGCCGCUGCUAGCUAACAGGAUGGAAAGUGUGAAGGAAAACGAGGCUGGAGCUCUUUCAACUUUACCAACACCGCAGGAGACAACUGACUCCAGUGGUGAAACUAACUCCGUGAAGCCAAGUGGAUUAUCCCCCCUGCCCACUGGAAAGAGACCCUCCAUUGGAGAGGAUGACGGUGGGGGCGCAGAGGCGAAACUCUUCGGGAAGGGACUCGCAGCCACCUCCCUUCUCCAGAUUGCGAUAAGGAACGGCAUCUAUCAAAACCAAGUUGCCAACGCAAUUGGCGGUGCGGCCAGGAAUAUACACAUGCCCGCCGUGAAAACAGCCAACAUUUAUAGCCUGACAUCAGCCAACAGCACCACUUCUGUCAACUCUUUGCUGGGCAGGAGGCGACACAGACACAAGAGGAAUCUGUCUCUGGGGGCUCCGCCGACCAGCAGCUCGGCCGGGGCGUCCUCCGCUGAGGCGGCCAGCCCUGCUCCGUCAGCCUCGCCGCUGAGCACUCUCAGCUUGGAUAGGAAGACCUUUCUGCGGCAGAAGCAGUCGAAGCAGCUUCAGGCCUUUGAUAAAACAUGGGUGAGAUCGGACCUCCGGCGGGGCUGCAUUCACGUACAUGACUGGCUCACGCCCUCCUACCCGCGGCCAGUGCUGUGCACCGUAGACACCACUGCUAAAGAGGUAGCCAGUAAACUGGAGGGGAGUAAAGCCGGGGCUGUGCUGAGAAUUAACUGCAAACCUGCUGCUUUAGUUGACUUAAAUGAUGUUUGUAAAAAUAGUAAUGAAAAUACUGAUGACAACAAAAGUCUUAAUGGCAGUGUCGAUGACAAAAACCCCAGAGCAGAGGAGAAUGGAGACACAAAGCAGUGUUACCCCGACACCAAACUGCCUUCUAAUUUUUUGCAUGAUGAUAAAACUGCAAGCAAUUCCUCAUCUGAAGUCUAUUUGAAUGACAUUGGCAUGGAUUUGAGCCUGAGUGUGGCAGACUGUUAUGGAGUCUACUCAGGUUCAGACAUCGAGAGCAGCACCUGUGAGGACUUCAGCCCAGGAGGACCUAGAAGCACCGAGCACCGGGACUCUUUUAGUGAUGGCGUGGGAUUGGGUACCGAUUCUUCAGUAUUGAGUCCAAACUGUGACAGUGCCACAGAGGGACCCGAUCCCUUUGAGAGCUCCUCAGAAGAAGUGGAGCUCACUUCUUCCCCAACACAUUCAUCCGGCAAUUCUGCUGCAGACCUGCCACCUACAGAUACCUCUUCUAACAAAGUCACAAGACUAGAUGAUGAGAGUGAAGCUGGAGCUGAUGAUAAUACAGAUGGCCCCAAAUUCAUCAGGCCUCCCUCUAAAUGCUCUAGCAGCUCUCAGACUCGGCCUCUGACCAGCCAGGCAUCUGUCCAGCCUGACCAGGAGAUCCCCGGGGAGAACAGAGAGUGGCCAGAGCCCAUCAAUACCAGUCCAACCCCGGCACUCUUUAUCCAGCUGCACGGUGGAGCUGUGCGCUGUCUGGGAGAUGAUGAAAGGCCUCUGCAGAUCUUAAAUGAGUACCUCACUAAUCUGGGGUUUGAAGAUGCAUGGAGGGUGCAGGAGGAAGGGAUGAAUCCAGAAAUUGGCUGCCUGAUACGCUUCUACUUUGGUAAACCUCGAAGUGUGGGAGGUUCUGAGCGCGUGCAGCUCUCUGGGAUGUUCAACGUGCGGAAAGGGAAGCUGGCGCUGCCAGUGAACCGCUGGUCAAAACGUCAGGUCACACUUAGUGGAACCUGCCUCAUUGUCUCGUCUGUGAAAUACGCCCAUACCGGCAAGAUGCACAUCCUCCCUCUCAUCGGAGGAAAGGUGGAGGAGGUGAGGAGACACAGCCACUGCCUGGCUCUCAGCUCAGCUGGUCCUCAGAGUCAGACCUACUACAUCAGCUACGACUCCUACACAGAGCACCUCCGCUGGCACAGGACGGCCUCAAAGAUUGCCUCCCAGAGGGUGAACUCGGUCGAUCUGUCGUGCUGCAGCCUGGAGGAGCUGCCCGCUCAGCUGUUUUAUAGUCAGGACCUUACCCACCUCAAUCUCAAAAACAACUUCAUGUCCCCACACAAAGGGGUUCCAGCACUUACAAGGUUUUGUAAACUGAGAAGCCUCAGUCUGUCAAAUAAUGCUUUGUGUGAGUUUCCUCUGGCCUUGUGCGACAUCACCUCGCUCACUGAGCUAAACCUCUCUGGAAACUGCCUCUCCUCUCUGCCUGCAGAAGUAGGAACUAUGCACAACCUGCAGACGUUUCUCCUGGAUGGUAACUUCCUGAGUUCGCUGCCGGUGGAGCUUGGCUCUCUGGAGGCCCUGACCUACCUCGGUUUAUCCUUCAACUGUUUCAGCUGUGUCCCACCCGUCCUGGAGAAACUCAGAGGCAUGGAGAGACUCUGUCUGGCAGGGAACCAGCUCUCUGUCCUGGAUAUGGCCGGACUGCAGUGGCUGCCUGCUCGCUACAUAGAUCUCCGACUGAACCGGCUCCAAAAGGUGACAGUGGCAGAUGCAGAGCAGCUGGCCCACAUCAUUCAGCUGGACCUGAGGGAUACUGGUCUACAGGAGCUGGAUAUCAGGACUCUGUGUAAACUGGAGCUCCUCCGCUGUGACAGAAACGCACUCUCCCUCCUCAGACUCAGUGGCCACGCCCUCAAGAGCCUGCAUGCAGCACAUAAUGAGCUGAAGCAGCUGGAGGUGCAGCCUGUGCCAGAGAAUCUGACUGUUGCAGAUUUGUCCUGGAACAAGUUGGGAUGUGUCCCUGACUGGGUGUAUGAGAGCAGCAGACUGGAGGUGCUGGACAUCAACCAUAACUGUGUCACUGAGCUGCCCGAACGGCUGCUGUCCAGUGGGAGCCUUAGAAAGCUGCUGGUGGGCUGGAACAAUGUGUGUCAGCUGGCUGAGAGGCUGGAGAGAUCACAGCUAGAAGUCCUGGACCUCCAACACAACCAUCUGACUGAGCUCCCACACAACCUGUUCAUCAAAGCACAGAGCUUGCGAUACCUAAAUGUGUCGGCCAAUAAGCUGGACAACCUGCCUGCAGCCAGCCUGUCCGAGGACGCCUUCAGCAGCCUGCAGGAGCUCUACGUCACCAAUAACAGCUUGACAGACAAGUGUGUCCCGCUGCUGACUGGACAUGGCCACCUCAGGGUGCUUCACCUCGCCUUCAACCACCUGCAGACCUUCACUGCAAGUAAACUGGCUCGACUAGAGCAACUGGAGGAGCUAGACCUGAGUGGCAACCGACUGAGAGCUGUGCCCACCACCAUCCUCAACUGUCAGCACCUGCACACUCUGUCUGCCCACUCCAACUGUAUCAACACCUUCCCAGAGGUCCUGCAGCUACCCGAGAUUAAGUGUGUCGAUUUGAGCUGCAACGAGCUGACUGAGGUGACUCUGCCGGAGAUGCUUCCCCCAAAACUUCAGGAGCUCGACCUCACAGGAAACCCUCGACUGAACCUCGACCACAAAAGCUUGGAACUCCUCAAUAAUAUCCGAUGUUUCAGGGUGGAUCCUUCUCCCUCAGCUCCUUGUGUGAACGAGAGCCAUGGAGCCCCAGCAGUCUGGAGUCACGGCUACACGGAGGCCUCUGGAGUCAAAAACAAGCUGUGUGUGGCUGCGCUGGCCCUCGACAGCUUCUGUGGGAUUCGUGAGGCUCUGUACGGAGUUUUUGACGGAGACCGGAACGUUGAGGUACCUUACCUGCUGCAGUGCACCAUGGGAGACGUGCUAGCAGAGGAGCUUCACAGGGGUCAGAGGCAGGAAGACUAUAUGACCAACACUUUCCUCACCAUGCAAAGGAAACUGGGCACAGCCGGCCAGAGGAUGGGUGGGUCGGCAGCUUUAUGUCACAUCAGACACGACCCGGUGGCUCCCGGUGAACACGGCGGCUGCUUCACUCUGAAGGCAGCCAAUGUUGGCAGAUGCCAGGCCGUUCUGUGUCGAGACGGCAAAGCUAUGCAACUCUCCACCAUCCACACUGUCAAAGAGGAGCCAGAGUACCAGAGGGUCCGACAGCACAAUGCCAUCAUCACUGAGGAUAAUAAAGUCAGUGGUGUAACCGACUCCACCAGAAUUAUGGGUUACUCCUUCCUCUGCCCGUCUGUGACUCCCCGCCCCCACAUCUCUACCGUGGCGCUCACCCCGCAGGAUGAGUUUUUUCUCCUGGGCAGCCGGGGAUUGUGGGACAUGUUGUCUCCCAGCGAGGCAGUCGAAGCAGUCAGGAACUUACCAGAUGCUCUGGCUGCUGCUAAGAAGCUGGUGACUCUGGCUCAGAGCUAUGGCUGCUCUGACAGCCUCAGCGCCGUCGUCGUGCAGCUGAGUAUCACCGAAGACUGCUGCUGUUUCUGUGAGCCACCACCUCCACCGCCCAGCCCCGGCCCAGCUGCUCAUCCCAGCACACAUCCUUACUCAGCGAGCUGUGAUGGUGGUAUACCACUGCCGCCUCCGUCCUCAGGAACAGUCAGCGAGCUGAGCAGUGAGUUCAGCACUUCUGAAAUGAGCAGUGAGGUGGGAUCCACGGCGUCAUCAGAAGAGCCGCCUCCCCAGACCGAGCCCCAGGCCCCCCACCUGAACCCCCCAGGCAGACCCGGUGUGCGGAGACCCGCCUGUGGGGGUGGCAGCUUCCAGAGACAGUUUUCUGGAGCUCUGUCUGACAACGGGCUUGACAGCGAGGACGAGGAGCCCAUCGCUGGUGUCUUCUCCAACGGCAGCCGUGUGGAAGUUGAGGCUGAUGUCCACUGUCUGCACCGCCAUGACUGCGCUCACACUCAUACAAGCACAAGCAACCCUCCUACCGCCACGCUGCGUAAUGAGCCUUUACCUCCUGCCUUCACCUCCCCUUCUCCUUCCCCCGUCCCUCCUUCCUCGCCCUACCUGAGUGGAGACGCUCGAUCGGGGACUCUGGGUCGUAGAGCCCGAGCAAACGGUUCUGUAGCCUGCCAAGGCAGGAACCAGGACCUCAUUGAGGAAGCGGCUGACGCCCCUGUAAGGAAGCAGGGAGGCUACUUCAAUGCUCCCGCUCAGCCGGACCCCGACGACCAGCUCAUCAUCCCGCCAGAGCUGGAGGAGGAAGUCCGGCAGAUCAUCCAGCAGCAGCAGGAGCAGAUGCAGACACACAACCAGCACAGCUACCAGAAACCUGCAGACUAUUUUGUCACACCCCUCUGAAUGCUUCCCACCCCACCCUACCCACGCCCCACAACUACUGGUGUCAGUCUCCUUCAUCCAUGAUCUCAGAUGUAGUGAGUUUCAGGGAUGAAGAACUAUAAAAUCUGCUCUGCAUUAAAUUCGCUCCAAAACCUCAGAGUAUUCUGAACAUGCUUAUGGACCACAGACUGUUUUCUUAUGGUUUUUGUUAUUUGAUUUAUUUUAUACUGUUAACUUGAUGCCCCUUGAAACGCAAUGCAAUUUUUAUAACAGUUUAUGUUGAUUCUUCACAUGUAAUUGAUUUUACCAUAUCUAUAAGUUGAAGAAGCACUUUGAAUGCUUUUUAUUAGACUUUUGAGAUUAAUUCUAUGUUAAAUGGUACUUAGAGAUUCGGACCACUCUGUUUUUGUGUUACAGCAGAAAUUUCCCCUGUUGGUCGUGGCUGAUGGCCUUACAGUUGUUGAAGUUAGUAAAACUGUUUAACUAACUCCUAGGAGUUUAAUACUUUAAAGUGACCUAGUCACUGAAGCGUACUAAUGUUCUCUGAGAGAAAAGAUGAUUACUUCUGAAGGCUGAUAUUCCAGGUUUGUGUUCUCGGGGUGUGUGGAGUCCAGAGUGGUGCUGCAGUGGUGAGGAAAUGCGAACAAGGAGGGAUCAAAGUUACUACCAGCUCAAUGAAUGUUCUCAGAACAAUGUUACAGAAUUCAUGGCAAAGGCAAACCGCACAAGAGAGCUACUUUUGCUAUAUAAUAAAUUAAAGUUUUCAGAUAACCACAA